AUGGCAGGUGCCUUGAUCUCAGGCCCGCUGAAUGAUACGUUUGGUCGAAAGACGGUGUUGUGGAUUGCUUCGUUCCUCGUAUUGGCAGGAGGUGUUGUACAGGUUGCUGAUACGCAUUACGAGGGGGUUAUUGUGCUUGACCGAUUCGGAUUGGACUUAGUGUCGGGAAUUUCACUAUUACUUCUCUCCUCUAUUAGCCAAAGUAUGGGAGAAGUAGCCCCAGUAGAAAUCCAAAGUCCCGCUCUAUACAUGUAUCAAUUUCUCCAAUCAUUUUCCCAACUAGUCGCUUCGUGGGUAACUUAA